AUGUCGGGUACCUCAUUCUUGGACAGACCGCUCCUCAAAGUCAGUCGACCUGUGGCUGCUUGCUCAAGAUGUCGAACGGCCAAAAUCAAAUGUGACGGGAAGCUUCCGGCCUGCUCCGCAUGCGAAAGGGUUGGUAAAGCGAGCACCUGCUCUGGCGCAAGUGAUGAAUUUGCCAGAGGAAAGGAAAGAAGCUAUGUCGCCUCUUUGGAGGGAUACUGCGAAAGACUGGAAAAGAAAAUUGCAGAUCUUCGUCGCCUGAAAACAUCAUUAUCUGUGGAUGAAAGGGGUGUCGCCCAUCAGAGUUCAAUCACAUCUAUUUCCUCAGCAGGUGCUGUCGCACAGGAAGGUGGCAAAGAAGUCACUGACAUCGAUGACCUCGUGGGUGAUUUUGGCUUCUUGUCCGUCAAUGCGACUUCGAGAGACUUCCAUGGGAUUACUUCCAAUACUUCUUUCGCCAACCUUCUUCUGUCCCUGUCACAAGCCGAGUCGAUACCAAGACUACCGGCGCAGUCAUUACCGCCGCGCAAUGAAAUACUGAACUUACUACAACAUUAUUUCGACAACAUCUACAUACAGCUUCCAUUCUUCGUCGAAACGAGCUUCUGGACCUCUGUAGAUGCGGUCUACCAAGCUGGGGGGCGCUUUGCCAAGCCUUUUGACAAGUGGAUCUUGCAUAUGGUCUUAGCCACAGCGUCUGCGUCUCUCUCCCUCAAGAUCGGUGAUACCAGUCAUCGCAGAGCGUUAUCUCAUAUUUCAAUGGCAAUGAAUCAGGCCGAGGACGUCAUCCGCCCCGGUACUAUAGCCGGUAUCCAGUCAAUCCUACUGCUUGCCCAAUAUUCCUUAUUCGACCCCCAACACUUUCGCAGCUGGUAUCUGGUAGGGAUGGCUGUUAGAGUAGCAGUCGACCUAGGCCUACACCAGGACCCGCCUUUGGAUGUUCAGUCAGCCUCAGAGCAGCUGGACCUGCGUCGCCGUGUCUUCCAUUGUGUUUACUGCUUAGACAGAGGAAUAAGCACUGCCUUUGAAAGAACCUUCUCGUUCUCAGACGAGUCCGUCGAUGUUGCUUUGCCAUCUUCUGCCACAUCCUUAGGGGCUUCGCUAACCGAAAAGAGCCAUAUAUUUUUACGGAGCUCAGAGCCUGCGUGGCACAUUGUCAAAAUCCGCCAGAUACUGUCGGAGGGCUACCAGAGAAAAUAUUUCCAUGAACACGAGACUUCUCUUCAAGCUCCGGCCUCGACGUGGGCUCUCUGCUCAAAAGCAUAUGAGUGGUUUGGUAAAUUCCCGAGUAAUGUACCAAACCACUUCCCUAUCCUGUACCGGUUGGAGCUAUCAUACACGAUCGUCGUGAUUCUUUCUGCUAGCGACGAACCGACCGCACUAUGUGAUUACAGCAGAAUUGUUCUGUUCCAUUGCUGCAUGCAGUACAUUAACGAACUUUAUGAGGUGCUGAAGAACCCUACUUGGUUGCCUUUGAUGACCUUCCUGGAUAUCCAGAGGACGUAUCAAGUUGGUCGACGAUUCAUACGAGAUGUAACAGAAAACCAGGACCUUCUCUUGGACCCGUCGAUACCCGCAUUACCCUCCAUCCCUCCGGAGACCCCGGAACAGCUGAUAUUGAGUGGUGAAGAUUGUAUGAGCUUUUACGCGCGCGCCUCGGAAUGUCUUUUGCAGAUCAACAAUCUCCUCCAAUAUGGUGCAAGCAAGUGGGGAGCGACCGGUAUAUUUGGGGAAUUCCAGCAAAUGUCCGAACCCGCUCGGAGCCGUCUUUUACAUGCAUCGAACCCAUACCUGGCGGGCUCUACAGCCUAUAUGGCUGGCUACUCUACGAUGGUGCCUGCAGGAACAGGAUACCUAGGCUUUGAUAUUGGAUAA